AUGAAUUAAAAUAAUAGGGAAUAAACAAUCGUAAAGUUAUAAGGACAUCUAAAAGGAGCUACAAUAACUGUUCAUGGUAUUUAGUAUAAGUUAUAAAUAAGAAAUUGAAGAACUACUUUUGAGCCAAGAACAUAUUAUAUGGAUGUAAUAAAAGGAAAUUGAUGACUUAAAAAAAAGGUUAAAAUAACUGGAAAGCCUAGAUAUUUAGAAUGAAUAGAUAUUACAUUUUUAAAACAUUAAUGUUUAGUUGAAAACCUAGAUUGAAUUCUUGAAAAGUCAAAUAUAAGAGAAAGAUGCAUUAAUUGCUUAAUUUACACUUAAACCUCUAUCAGGUCCAUCAACAGAGAUGCUAGCUGCUUAAUAACAACUCAUUCAAUAAAAUCUAGUUCUAUAAAAUAUAAUUGGGGAUCUCUAAAACUAAAUUCUUAAUAAAGAUGGAGUCAUAAGUCAAUUAAAAACUUAAGAAAGUUCAUUAGAUCAUUUAAUAGGUCAAUUAUCAGCUAAUAUUCAAAUAAAACGAAGCUAAGUUGGAUCAGCUGAAAAGCAAAAGGAUAUUUAAAAUGCCUUAAACGAAUUAUAAACUUAUCCAGAAGCUUUAUAAGAAGUAGUUUAAAGAAUUAUAUAAGAAUACAAAAGAAUAUCAUUUUUGAUUGAUGAAAAAGAAAUAGAAAUUAAUAAUUUGAGGGCUAGAUUGUAAAUGUAACAAUAAAAGGCAAAUGACUCAAUACAAGAAAUAAUAAAAAGAAAUCCAUCAUCUUUUGAAGAGAGUAGAGCAAACGAAUUAAUUUAAUAGAAUGCAACAAUGGAAGAUGCAAUUAGUGAUUUAGAAAGGAGAUUGAUUUCAUAAGAAAAUCGUAAGAAAGAGCUUCAAUAAAAAUUAAUUGAAAUAGGAACAGAUAUAUUAUAAUUAGAAGAAUAGAAUAAUAAAAAUAAUUAAUUUAAUGUUUUAGAUGAAUUUAAUAAAACAGAAUUUAGACAAUCUUAAUAAUAACCAAAUUUAGCUGAAAUGACAUUUUAAUAAUAAACAAAAGAUUAAACAUUUUAACUUUAAUGUGUUCCAACUGAAUAAUAAAUAGAUGAAUUAGUAAGUUAAAAUUAACAAUAAGAUGAUUUAAUUGUAGAAUUAUAAAGAAAAUUAGUAGAAAAAUAAGAUCAAUAAGAAGAAAUUUAAUUAGAAAUAGAUAAAAUAGAUGUUAUCUCAUUAAUGUAAGAGUUACAGAAGUUGAACUAACAAUGUGAUAAAUUAAAAAAAGACAUAGAAGAAAAAGACAAUUAGCUUAAGCUUUUAGAAAAAUAGAAUAUGGAACUAUCAAAUGUAUCAAAUGAAUUAAAAUAAUCAAUUAAAAUUAAAUAAGAAUAAAUUGAUAAACUCUAUUAAGAAGAAUAAGAGAAAUUAAAUCUUUAGGAUGCUCUUUAAAAACAUAUUGAAUAUUAAAGAGAUAUUUAAUAGAAAUAAUAAUAAAUUGAUGAAUUAAAAUUAUAAAAAGAGAAUGUGGAAAAUGAAUUGAAAAAUGUAGUUACUUAAAUGGAUGAUAAAAAUAUUAAGGUAGAAAAAUGGAAUUAAUUAUAGAAUGAUUAAUAUCAAAAAGCACAAAUAGCAGAUGAUUUAGUGUAAUAAAUUUUAGAAUUAGAUGAAUUAAUAUAAAAUUUGGAAGUGAAACUUGAAGAAAAAAAAGAUAGUUAAUCAUAAUUUGAAAAAGAAUUAAAAGAUAUCAAUUCAAAAUUAUAAACAAUCCAAGAAUCUAUUUAAAUAGCCAAAACACAAAGAAUCUAAUUAGAAAAUGAAUUCAAUUAAUAAAAAUUAUGUGGAGAAAAAUUGAUGGAUAAUAUACAAGAAUUAUUGGUUGAUAUUAAGAAUAAUGAAAUAAAAUUAGAAAAAUUAUAAUUAUAAGAAAAAGAAUAACAAAAUAUUAUUAAAGAAUUAUAGUUUAAUAUUGAAAAAUUAACUGAAGAAGAAAAUCAAUUAAGAUAAUAUAAGGAGAAUUGUAAUAUUCAAAAUGAUUAAAUUUAAAUAUUAGAAAAAAAUAUUGAAGAAAAUAAAAAAAAUAUAUUCAAUUUAAAAGUUGAAAAUAAUUUAUUAUAACAGUCAAUGGAUGAAAUUGAGCAAGAGCAUUAAAAAUUAUUAAGUAAGAAAUUAAAUAUUGAAAAUGAAAUUUCAUAAUAAUAAAUAAUUACGAAUAAUCUAGCAUAACAUUUAGAAACCUUAUUCACAGAUAUAAAAAGUCAAGAAAUUUUAAAAUAAGAAAAAGAAUAACAAUUAAAAUAGUUAAAAACAUAAAUUGAUUCUAUUAUUAUUGAAGAUUAGGUAGCAUUAUUAUAGGAGAAAUUGGAAAGUUAGAGAGAAUAAAAUGCAUUGAUUGAGGAGAUUGAAAGAUUAAAAUAUAGAUUUGAAAAUAUUAAAUAGCAAUAAUAAAAUAUUGAAUUAUUGAUAGAAAAUUAGAUGAAUUUAAAUUAAGAACUUUCUGAAGAUUUAUUAAAAUUUAAAUUAAUUGGUAAUCAAUUAGAAAGUGAAUUACAUUCUCUAACAGCAUAAUAAGAAGAAAUGAAAUAUUAAAUUAAAGAGAAGAGUUCUUAAUUGGAAAAUUUAAAUGAACAAUUUACAAAAAUAGAUGAAGAAGGAUAAAUGAUGGAAGCUGUAUUAUCAUUAAAACAAAAAGAAUUAAAAUAGAUUUAACAAAAAAAAGAAAAUUUUACAAAAGAAUUAGAUUAAAUUACUUAAGAAAUAUUUGAUUUAAAGAAAGAGAUAGCACUCAGAAGAAAAUAUUAAUAAUAAUAGAAUAAAGUUGAUUUGAAUUAAAAUGAAGAUGAUAUUGAAGAUGAAAUAUAAGGUAAAUUAAAUGUAUUAAAUACAAAAAAUAAUGAUUUGAAAGAUGAUUUAUAAAAAUUAGUAGAAUUGAGUCCUAUUCCAUAAGAAUAAAAGUUAAAUGAUGUUUCUGCAUAAAUUAGCUAAUUUAAUGAUUAAUAAGCUCAAAAAAUAUUAAAAGAUAGAGAUAAACGAAUUGAAAUCUUAGAAUUGACAAUACAAACAUUAUAAUAAUAAAAUCAUGAAAAAAACAGUAUGAUGCCAUCAUUAGUUUCCAAAAUUACUUAAUAAUAGAGUUUCUUUUUCGAGGAUGAUCCAAUUUUAGGAGAAUUAUCAGAAAAAUUUACAAAAGAAAGUUAAUUAUUGUUAGAUUUAUAAAACAAGUUAAGAAAAACAGCAGAAAGACAUUACGAUUUAUCAGUUAAAUUGUAAGAAUGGGCUGAAAAAGAAAAUAGAUUGGCUAAUGAAUUGAAUACAAGAACUUAAUGUGUUGAAAAGAUUGAAUAAGAAUUAUAAAAGGUAUUUGAUAAAUAAUCUGAUUUAGAAUCAGAUUAAGUUAACAUUCUAUAGAGAAUAUAUUAACUAGAAACUGAGAAUUAAGAGUUAUUAGAAUCAGAAGCUAAUACAAAAAAUAAAUUGAAGGAAAAAAAAGAUUAUAUAUAGGUAUUAUAUAAAAAUUUGGUUGAAAUGGAUUAAAAAUUAUUGUAACUAAGAAAUAGAAUGGCUUUGUAUUCAUAAGAGGGUAGAUAAUUGGCAGAAUUAGUAGGAAACUAAGAAAAUGAAAGGGAAAAUUAAAUGAGUAAUUUACAAACCAUUAAAGAAGAAUUAGAAUAAAUAGAAUUGGAGAAAAAAGAGAAACUAUUAUUAAUUUAAUCAAUAAAAAAAGAAAUAUAGAAUGAUACUCAAGAAAAAGAAAAACUUGAAUUAGAAUUUAUUACUUUACAUAGUAAGAAUUCACAACUUAAAGCUUAAAUUGGAUUCGAAGAAGCUGUGUAUUAAAAAUUGUUAUAAGAAUUUGAAAUAAUGAAAAAGAAAGAUUAGAUUAAAUAUAAAAAUCUUUACAAGGAUGGAUGCACUUAAAUUGAAUAUGAACAAGAUUAAUUUGAAAGUUUAAUUAAUGAAAUGUAGUUCUCAAAAAUAACCAAAGAAGAAGUAUUAUUUUUAAAAUAAAAUUGUUAAUAAAAGCUUAAUUUGUUAACUUAAAAUGAUGGAAAUCAAUAAUAUUUUAAUAAUAAUCAAAUAUUAAAAAAGAUUUUGCAUUUAUAAUAAUUACUAAUAAAAUGCUAAGAAAAUGAAAAUAAGAUUUUGAUUGAACAUAAUUCAAACAGAUCUUCAGUAUUAGGUUUCAGAGUUCUUGAUGAAAAUGCUUAAAACUAAACAUUUACUUUAGAAUAAGUAUGAUACUUUAUAUUUUAUAGAUUGAUUAAUUCUAAUAUAAAACAACAAUUGUGGAAAUUCACCUUAACGAUUAAUGUUUGAUUAUUGAGAGUACUAAUAAUAAAGAAUAGUAAAAUUUAUAUCAUUUUAUAGAAAACAUUUAUAAUAAUAAAAGAUGGCUAGAUAAUGGAUUUUAGAUAAACAUUUUGAUUCCAACAAUGAUUUAUAUCCUUUAGGCAUUUUGCACAUUGUUUUCAAAGUAGUAAUUUAACAUAAGUUUUAUAGGUAUCAAUUUAUCAAGUGAUUAAUAUUGCAUUAACUGGAACAAAGGUUUUAUAAUUAUAUUAAUUAUUAUUAUGA